UUCAGCGAACGGGGUGACGUUGAGGAAGACGUUCGUGCGUUCUCUGUGUUUCUAAAUCGUGUAGUCAUUCUCGCUCCGGGGACUUAAAAAAUCCGUCUAGACUAACAAAGGAGGCGAUAAAGUUUCUAACAGCCGACAAAGAAAAAACAACUCCUUCAAAAUGUCUAUAAUGAACUAUAACGGCGGGGCUGUCAUGGCCAUGCGAGGGAAGAACUGCGUGGCGAUCGCUGCAGACCGGAGGUACGGCAUUCAGGCUCAGAUGGUCACCACAGACUUCCAGAAGAUCUUCCCCAUGGGCGACAGACUCUUCAUCGGGUUGGCUGGGCUGGCUACCGAUGUUCAGACAGUAGCACAGAGGCUCAAAUUCAGACUGAACCUGUAUGAGCUGAAGGAAGGUCGUCAGAUCAAGCCUAAGACCUUCAUGAGUAUGGUGUCCAACCUGCUGUACGAGAGGAGGUUCGGACCGUACUACAUCGAGCCGGUGAUCGCAGGACUAACCCCUAAAACCUUCGAGCCGUUCAUCUGCUCGCUGGAUCUGAUUGGCUGCCCGAUGGUGACAGAAGACUUUGUAGUGAGCGGCACCUGCUCGGAGCAGAUGUACGGCAUGUGUGAAUCUCUGUGGGAGCCCGACAUGGAACCGGAGGACCUGUUUGAGACCAUCUCCCAGGCGAUGCUGAAUGCAGUCGACCGUGACGCCGUGUCUGGUAUGGGAGUCGUCGUACAUGUCAUAGAGAAAGACAAGAUCACCACACGGACCCUGAAAGCCAGGAUGGAUUAGAGCUCCCGCUUCUCUCGGCACUUCCUCCACGCUGUUGUUUUGUAUAAAAGUGAUCCAACCACACCGUUCUGUUUUCUUACUGGUCCUGUUCAAUGAAUAAAGGGUUUAAACAAUUAA